CUUGUCGCCAUUUUGUAAUGAAGACUACACACUACACUUCCUCUAUGCGAAAGGUCAUAUUCUUGUUUACGACUUUAAAUUUUUGCUCGUGAAAAAAGCUCCCUCUACGAUUUGCGGAAAUGGACGAUAACGCUAGAGGGAUGGCUUCAAAAAUACUUUGCGACUUGCUGAACAUCGGAAACACUGGAACAAGUGAUGGUGGGUGCAAAUUCACUUGUAAUUUUUCGCGCAGUGACAAAGUUUUACUUUUGGUACAUACAAAUUGAAAGAUUUAGUUUCGAAAACACUGCGUCAUGAGUGACUGUAUGGGUGCACGAUAAAGGAAAAAAUUAAGGUUGUUAAAUGAAGAAAGUAGCGCAUAGUUCAUCGUAAUUGUAAACUUCUGCUUGAUGUUGCAGUUUUCAUGUGUCAAAAUGAAAAUGAAAGUAGUGACUGUCAAUGUGUAUCCGAUGAAAUAGGUGUAAAUAGUUGUUUUAGUCAUGACAAAGAUUAAGUCAAUAGUCUUUGUUAUUUUCUUGCUCACUGUCGUAUGUGUUAUGCUAAUGAUAAACAAGAGUAAUGAAUACCUUUCUCCUGUUUUUAUCUAACAUGUUUGUGAAUCUAGUACUACGACAUGACGAGGUUAAUGAAAAUUUUGCACAUUUAAUUACCUAUUUAUACGCAUUGUUAUUUAUAUCUCUAUUUCCGCAUGCCUCUUUUGAAUUGUAGGUGAACUUGACCUAAAGAUAUUUUGGAAAGGAUGUGGAAGUUACGCUGUAAUUUUUUUUAGAAUUACAGCACUACUUCUUUCUUUGUAAUUGGGCUUUACGUUUUCAUUAAAAUAAUUGAAAUUAACAGACAUUGUAUUGACACUUUGUCUUCAUGUAUGUAUCAGGGAGUAGUUUAGAGACACAAAGAAAUGAAGAGAGAGACCUUGAUGAUACUCUAAGGUAAAUAUCUAUGAAUCAUAAUUUAACUUCUUUGCCUUUCCCUAAGGUGUACCAAAGAUGAAAACCCUAUAACUCCCAAGAUCUGAUUAUUAGUUCUCCCCUCUAGCAGCCAUGUAUUUCCCUGUAAAUUAGUUACAAGAAUUUGGUGUAAGAUCAAGUUAACUUUAUCUGAUAAGUUUGAAUAUCUUCAUUACCUGUGUGCUGAAAGAUGUAUGGAUAUUAUAGGGGGGGACUUAAUUUAGGGUGUUGAAGGGUUAAUGCACUGGCCUUGGUAUAUGGAAUACACAAGUGUAAAUGCUUUUCAGAAACACAUUGACUUUUGCACCAACUGAAUUUCAAAGGGAGCACCUUAAGUAAAUGCUGGAGUGGAAAUCAGAACAGUAACAUGUUUAGUGGGUAUUCCUUAACAUUAUCUAUCACAUUGGAUGUGUGAUAUACAGAAGUGUAAUGGUCUGUAACCUCCCUUCAGCUUUAGACCUCUGGAUAAGAGCUUAUGCUAGUAUAUUUUGUCAUGUCCUUAAGCAAGAAAUUUAAUUCGUACAGUCCCUUUUUCUGUGCAUUUUAAAAAAGCCUUGGUGGGUUUUGUCACUUGGCUUAAGAACAGAGUUAGUUGUGUAACCCCUUCAAAACUUUUAUUGACUGUAAGGAGGACAUUUGAAACAUCUUCAAUCUAAUAUGGAACUAGGCACCCCAGUUGAGACAGUAGAUGAUGAAAGAAGUUUACACUACAACUUAUACUUCAGACACCUGUUGAAAAUUGAAGUCCCAUACCAAUUUUGUUAUGCAUGUAGACUAGAGCAGCCUUGUAGAAGGUAUAAUCAGGGUUCAUAUUGGUCCUGGAAAACUUGGAAAGUCCUAUAAUUUUAUUUUGGCAUUUUCCAGGACCUGAAAGUCCUGAAAGAAGAUUAACGGUCCUGGAAAGUCUGGGAAAUCCGCUUGACUCUAGCCAAAAGUUUGUUUUUUGUCUAAUGUUGUAAGGGUUUGUGGAUUUGACUUUGCUAAGCAAAGUCAUGUAAAGUUUUCUCAAAACACAAAUUCCCUUUUGAUCCUGCCACUGGCUAGAUUAGGUGCAGGCUCAGGUAUAAUACAGGUUUGUUGACUCAUUAUUGUAGGGUGAAUUGAUGUUGAAAUCUUGGGAAUAAAAGGGUUUUAAGUGAAAUUUGGAGUCCUAGGAAAAUCAAUCUGAGUUGUGGAAAAGCCCUUGAAAUUUGUUUCUGAAAAAGGUUCAAACCCUGUCUAAAUAGCCAUCAAUGAUUCUUUAAAUGUGUUAUGCUUAUGACUUUGGUCUUACAUUUUCAAAAGGAAUGUGUUGUGUGAUCCAUGGUAAUCUUCUUGCACUAUAUUAUUUGAUUGAUGUUGCAGUGAAUCAGCAUCUACAGCAAGUUCUCUGUCUCCUCAAAGAAAGGUUAGUGAAUGGACAAAAUCUUAUUUGUCUUGACCAGUUACUCAAACUAAGUGCAUUUUCAAACAAAGUGACUUUCCUUUGUUGUAACAGCCAUUUCAGACAUAACAUUCUAGUAAUGAAUGUAGCAAAUAAUGAAGAAUUAUUUGCAACAAGUGAUAUGAAGACUUAUCAAAUAUUGAGGAACUAUGUUCAGCAAGCAAUAUGAAGACAUCUAUUAAAUGCAAUGUACCAGUGCUCCAUUUCACAAUUCACGGUAUUGCACUAUUUUAGAGAAACUCAAAGGAACAGAUGUCUGAUGUGUCUGUCUCAGACAGUGAGGGUGUUGCUUCAAGAAUGUCCCUCGAACCUGUCAAACAAGUCAUGUAAGUCACUGAUUUGCUUUAGAACAUUAUUACUAGCUGAUUAAUAGCUUAUCCUUGUUUCCUUCAGAUUUAAAUUUAAACAUUCAUUUUCGCAAGAUUCAGAUAACCUUCAGUUGCAUCAUUUGUAAGCCUGUUACAAAGCUGGGGUUUAUUAUAGUGUAAGACUAAAUAAUCAGAGUUUAGUCUUCAAAGUGGAGUUAUUUGUCUCAAAUAUGAAUUGAUUGAUGUGUUCAUGGUGAUGAUGUAGACAGUGCUAUAACAGGCAAUUGUAGAUUUUUGGAAUUUAAUUUGACCAGUCAAGGGUAGUUAUGAUAUAGAAACAGCUAAAUGUAGUUUCAAGAGCUGAGCAUGCUUUCAUUUAGGGAAGAAUAGAAACCACAAACUUGCUUUACUAAAGUGCAUGCAAUGUGAGUUCAAUUUACACCCUAGAUAGUAACCCUGAAGAAAGUUUUACACAUUACAUACCAACGCCACACCCAGGAACAAAAACAUCUAACCUGUAACUAACUGCCAAGAUUUUAUGACAUGAAAUGUUGCUCAAACUGUAAUUUCAUAUUUGGGCAAGAAAGCAUAUUUGCCUUUGAGGAGUCAAGCUUUUAAACUUCAGGUUGUUUUCUAAAUUAUGUAAAGGGAUCUCACAUGCUUCAAGGUUAUGACUUACUCUUUAGUUUCUAUACUGUGGAAGUUAAUUAUUGAUUUUCAAUUGUACUUUUCAGUGAGAUGAAAGGCAGUGAUGAUGGAGGCAGUAAAUCAGUUUACGGAAAUGAAGUUGAAAUUGUAUCUGACGAAGCAGUUUCAACAAGUGCCACAGCUAGUAAUAAGGUGAGAUCAUUUAACCCUUUAACUUCCAAGUGAGGGUAAAUUUCGUCUGUUGUUUUAAAUAGAUUGUCUCCAAAAAAUUCCUCAACUGGCUUGAAAUUCAAUUUUCCCACAAUUUCCAUUUUAAGAAUUGAAGAUGAAGUUAAACAUUGAGACACUUAACUAACAUUUGAGUGGUACUGAUGUGCUAUGCAUUCUUGUUGCUUUUCUUGGUCAACAACUGAAUUAACCUGUAAAAUCCUUUUGGCUAAUUAUCAAAGCUUACUGCCUCUUGUUACCUAUUAAACACAUUUUCAUUCAAAUUUUUAUUGGUUUAGAUUUUUAAACACUUUGAGUAUUUUCCCUUUGUUUUGCCUUCCUUAAAAUUGUAGUCUGAAUCAAAGGAAAAUGAACACCAAAUUGAUUUUAAAACUUUUAAACCUUGAAAAAGUCACCUUUUGAAACUCUAGACAACAGGGAGGUGGUUGGAUUAUCAGUUUCAGUUCAGUACUCCAGUGUAUGACUGAAUGUAAUGUUAAACCUUUAACCUCAGUCUAUGAUUGACUAACAAUUAAUUUCCCCUUACAGUGUCACUGCUGAACUGAACAUAGCAUAAUCAGUUCUCAUGAUAACCAAAUAUCUGCAGCACAUAUUGGGUUUUCAUUUCAAGUUCAAAGUCUGCCUAGUUUCUUAGCCCUUGUCCAUGUAGUGUUCUCAAACUUUUGCGGACUCAGAGUGGUGUCUUUUUUUAAUGUUUGUUUUAGAAAAAAUUGUAAUAAAACAUUUACUGAAUUUGGUUUUUGCACCAUAAAAUGAAUUAUCAAACUUCAUGUCUGGCUUUGGCAGAUAACUUAGACCUCGGCAUUGAUAAUUUAUGAUAUCAUUCUCAACCUCAUCCAAUAAUUGCUUAUUAUUGCCAACUAAAGGAGCUCUUGACCAUUAAACAAUUUCUCCUUGUCAGCACAAAGGAGAUUUUUAGAGAACAGUGUGGAGAACUUGUGCACUGAUAAUAGGGUUAAUGACCAAUUUUAUUUUUCACAGAUAAAAUUUAAUUCCAUGGUUAAUUAUGACUGGGAGCUGAAGUACUACAGAGGAUGUCUAUUAGCAGUCAGCAGCAAGUGCAUUGCAUAUGCUCUUAGAGGUAAUUGUAGAGCUGCCUCAGUCUAUAUGUGUAUUUGCUAAGUAGUGCUAGUUGACAAUGUAAGGUUCGGUUUGUUUAUUUUGAAGUAAAAUUAGCCUUCUUGCCAGCAUACAGUAUCUGAUUGUAGAGUGAGUGAGCAUUGGCUUAGUUUUCUUUGGCUAAAAAGAAAGCACCUUGUCAAAAAAGAAAUAAAUACAAUGAGUAUCUCAGUCUGAAACUCUCACCUCAUUUUAAAAGAUCUGUUCUUCAGGAUUUAGAUUAUUGCCAAAAUGAACAGAAUAUGUGACUGAAACAGAGACUUUUCCAUUUCAAUGACAUGUAUUCUGUGGAGUUUACGAUGGGAAUGCAUAAUUCAAAGGUGUGUUUCAUAGGGCCUUCUAUCACAUAUCAGGCCUUUCAGGAAAGAAGGGUUCACCAGUUAAUUUUUUGAGUUUUGAUGGACAGAUUUUGGUUGGUUUUCUCUCUGCAAAUAGCUCUAAAAUGUUUCUUAUGAAAGUGAUUGAUGGCAUAUUUAAUGUAACAGAAAGAAAAUGUUUGAACGUUUAAGUUCCUAGUUUUUAUUAAGUGAAAUAAGUUUUGUGAGUCAAUUAUUCUUUGCUCUCUAAAAUAAUUUCAGGCCGUCAAGGCUAUGUUGUAAGGCUUCUUAAUCCUGAGACAGCCACUAGGACACUGAUCAAGGGAUUUGUUGGUACAAUAAGCGAGUUAGCGUUUUCACACAAGGACUCCAAUAUGCUGGCAUGUGUAGAUGAGGGAGGUAAUGUUUAUAUCUGGGUUAUCCAUGAAAAAAAUGGGAAACUCGAGUAUCCUUUCUUAACAUAGCUAUUAUCGUUAUCCAAUGGAUUUAACUUUUGGCAGUUGAGUUUUCUACCUUUUUGUAGUAAAUAGGGAUCUCAAAUAACCACUUGGUCUAUAGUAAAGUUAAUUCUUGUACCCCAUAAGAACUUUAUCCAAAGAGUAGAAAGCCUAAUUGAGGCGUUGUAGCAUGAUGUUACAGUCAGAGGUGAUGGAUUUAAACCAAUGCUGGUGAAAAAUGGCAAACUACUUAAUAUCAUGUCAGCAAUGACAGUUAUUCAAUAAAAAAGUGUACCUAUAGUUUACCUUAAUCCAUUGCUAAGAUAUUCUGUGAAGCUUCAUAUCAAACGUCCUACCAAUACACUCUCUGAGCACCACAGACUAAUAUGGACUCCAUACAUGCCUGAUGGUGAAGAACUUGAAAGAACUGAAGAGUCUGCCGCUGAGGAAGGCCGACCACUGGCCAUUACACAUGGAAAUCAGGUGCAUUACUAUCUUGCUUAUUUUUAUGACACACACCUUGAGAGAAGCCUAAACUGGAAAAAAAUUAUCUAUUUUUUUAAUUAGAUUUUUGGCAGAGUUACAAACACUGUAGUGCUUCUGUUGGACAAAAUACACUGUAAUUUGUAACUGCAGUUGAAAGCCUUCGCCUUGCAAGUAAAAUCUAUAGCUUGUUAGAUCAAAGUCCUCUCAACAUUUCUGAUGACAUUUUUUGAAAUGUCUAGGGGGAUGUCACAGCCUAAUGGCUUGUAGUCCAUGCUCUUUUCCAGAGAUCUGGUUGGAGCCCUAGUUUGGGUCACUGUUUUGUUUUCUUGAAAUACAGAGUUUAUUUUACAGAGCCUAUAUUUGCGUGGGACCAACAAAAUAAUCAAACUACAGUAGUUUGAAAUCACUUAAAACUACAUGUUAAUUGGGCAAUCAAAAUGAUAUUUGUGUAAAACUAUGUUUUCAACAAUAUCAGUUUUGCACUAACUUUGCUCUUUUUGAAAACCUGCUUUUAUCAGUUGGAGGUAAUAGAUGUAGAUUCUCUGACUGAAUGGUGUGGCAGGUCUGAAGUGACUAUUGAUGAUAUAAAGCAAGGAGUAGGAUAUUUAGAAAUUACAGAUGGACACACUAAGGUAAAUCUCUUAAAAUAUUUUGGUUGGCAGGACAAGAUUUCUUGCAAAGUUUCAUGUUGAAAAGAUACUAGAAAUUAUGUCUCUAUCACAGGCUAGACAACUUUUCAUGUGAAUUAUAAGCUCAUGAUGUCUUUGAAUCCCAACAAAAUGAGGCACUUUCCAUCUAGAUGUUGCAAAGUGUUAUUACUCUGUUGUGUAACAGUAAACUGUUUGCAAGAGUGGUGGUGUUUGCCUCUAGUAAAACGACACAUAGAAUUCCUUUUAUUGAAGUUGUGUCUGACUGAAAUAUUAAAUGAGGUACAAGUAGAUUCCACCACUCAGUUGAGACAAAGUAGUUUAAAUUUUACGUAGAAAAACUUCCAACAAGAAUUCAAUAAUGUGGGGUCAAGUUUGUGCAAAAGUUUAAAUUUUUGUGAUUUUAAAUUUACUGCUGUCAUGUAUGCAUGAGAUGCAUCUAUGAUUUUAGCAAUUAAUUAGCAAUGAUAUACUUUAUUAAUGGACCUUACAAUGGUUCAGUAUCCUUUAUCUAGUUUUACACUUUGAAUGGGAGAAAGAAGUCAUCAAGAAAGUCCUUUCAUUCAUAGUGAAAACUUUUAAAAAACUAUUCUCUUAGCCAAUCACAGGAGGUGCUCUUUCACCUGAUGGUGCAGUAUUAGCAACUGCUAGUGAAGAUGGUUACAUCAAGUUUUGGCAGUUGACAGAGAAAGUUGAGUGCAUGCAUGAAUUCCAGCCUCAUGAUGGACGUCCCCUGUCUUGUAUGAUUUUUACUGACAAUCAGACUUCUCAAGAUAAAGAGUAAGAAAGACACAAUAAUUUUUGUUCAGUAUUGUUCUAGACUUGUGUAAAGGUCAAAAUAACACAUUUUGUAGCAGUGUACAGUAAAAUAGUCAUAUCAGUGAAUUGUUCUGUAUACAGAUUUCUCCACAAUUUACUCAGGGGUGGUGGGUAAGGACAAAACAACCUUUUGGGUUUAAAGUGAAAGAAGUUAUUCCCAGAAAAUCCCUGUCCUAAACAAAACAAUCUUAACCAAAAAAAUUGUCUGUUUUAUUGAAAAACUGCCCUGGGAACAAAUUAAUAAAGAGGGAAAGUUUUCUAGGAAACUGUAGUGCUGCAUUGGUGGGUGAGUAUAAAAAGAUAAAUUUGCUUUUAUCAACUGAGUUGACAAUGUAAAUUGGCCGCCGCCAUAAAGAAAUUUCAAAGCUGAUGUUUCGACAGCAAGGCUUUUGUCUGAGCAUCUGACCAAGGGAUAGUGCUCAAAACAUCAGCUUUGAAACUCUAAAUGAUGCCCAAUUUACUCCAACAACUCAGUUGAUUAAACAAAAAGUAUCUUGUUUUAGAAACAAGUUUGCAAAGUAAUAUUCUUCUUUAACUUGAUUUUGAGUUAUUUAAUAUUUAAUCAGUCCAUCACAGAACAAACAAUGACAUGAUGCAAUUUCUGUUGCAGGCUUCCAAUGUGGAGAUUUUUAAUCACAGGUGCUGAUUAUAACAGAGAGAUUAAAGUCUGGUGCACAGUUACAUGGACAUGUUUACAAACAAUCAGGUAUAUGUAAUCCCAGUUUAUAGAUUAGCUUAGGGAGUUUAGUGCUCUGUAAAUUAUUCAUUGGUACUGAAGAUAAAAGUAUACUUCUAAAUCAGUAAAUUGGUCUUUAUUCUUUUUUUUGCAGAUUUUCUUCUCCAGAUAUUCCAGGAUCCAGGUGUGUCAUUUCAUUAUAAUUCCAAUGCUAUUGUAUUACUGGAUCAUAAAGAAUUUCUGUUUUUUUUUUUCAUAUUGGCUGUUGUCCAUGUUCUGUUAUUUAAAAUGUCUGUACAUAGCCAAAUAGUGAUAGAUGCAUGCUCUCAAUUGGUCAGUACAUCUUCCUGUGUGUGUCUCAGACAACCUGUCAGAUGGCCUUCCAUUGGUCAAUCUUUGCACCAAUUUUACUAUGUAAUGAAAUGUCAACAAUUUUUAUAUUUGAUGAAUAAACAAAGAGCGCAUGUUUACUUAAUCUUAAUUUUACAAGUGCAUUUAUAAAGGAGCUUUUUUCCUCCUCUAAACCUUUUCUUUAGCUCCAUUCGCUCAUACUUGAAAGUAGGCAUGGACCUUUCAGCAUCAUAUUUGGUAAUUUCAGAUGUCCUUAAAAAGGUAUGUCAGCCCUAAAUUGGUCUUCUUGCACACUUCUAUUGAGCCAUGAGGUUUGUUGGCCUUUAAGACUGAAAACCCAAGCUUUACUGGUUGUCUGUUCUCUCACCAACAGGUUAUUUAUGUGCUGAUGUUCCACCAAAACUUUGAUGAAGGCCAAGCACAUGUCACAUCUGUGGCUAAGUUUCAUCUCACGCAUCCACUACUAAGUUUUGUUGUUGGCCAAGUCAAGUUGUUUAAACUCAAGUCACAAGGGGAUCAGAAUGGUCAGGAAAAUGCUGAAAGCCAUGAUCAUGGUGAUGAUGAUAUUCACUCUUCGCAUGUUGGUCUUGACGAAAUAGCUGCUGGAGAAGAGAAAGGGAAAAAGUAUGGUGUUCAACUGCAGCUCUUUUGCAUUCAAACAAGGUAAAGUUUGUUCUUUGUUUUAGGAUUAGUUUAAGACUCCCAGGGAACCUUAAUCAUGCAGUCAUCAUUUUGAGUCUCCAGAGAUUUACAUGUAAAGCUUUACCUCUAGAGUCUGAACUAAUUUUCACUAUGAAGCUGUAAAAUGUAAGAACGAACCUUGUUUUUCUUGGUGAUUCAAGAUGGCCUUGCUUUCCCUUUUUAAUUGUGUUUGAAAAGUCAGAUUUUGCAUGACAGCGAUUCUAAUACCUACCAAUUUCUAAGUUGGAACAAUUGUAAGGGGAGUCUUAAAGAGAUUAUUGGGAACUGAAAAACUUUCUUGUAAACCCUCCACUGCUGUGUGGAGAACAUGGCAUCCUUAUUUCUUCUCUACUCCAUCCAGUCAUGGGCUUUGAGCUCCAUUUCUCCCAUUACCACCCUAUCUGCUGGAGUCCUUGUUCAGCUGACCUCAUAUUCUUUCCUCUAUGGGUGCCAGAAGAGGGUUUGUCUCCUUGCAUUAACGAUAAUCUUGGGUUUAUACUGUGGUUUUGGCCUUCCUGGGUCUACAUGGUGGGUUUGGCUGCAUCUAUUCCUUCUGCGUUACAUGCAUACGAUCCUCUUUAACUCUAGAAUAAUUGAUAAAUUAAGGAUUAAGUAUAUCUUGAGUAUGGCUAGAAUGAAGUGUGUAUUGAAUGAUUAUCUUUGUUUUGUAAAGAUCAAUGCAAGAACUCUUGGUUCACUUCCAACCAGAGCCUUCUAUUCCUCCACCCACUCCAUCAACUCUUUCAUCUCUUACCACAGUAGCAGGGCAGUCUGGUGAGUCUUCCUUAGUGAUUAUGUUUAUAACAUAGAUGGUACCUUCUUUUAAUCUAGUUCAAUAGUUUACAGUGUGUGUGAUAGUGUUUCAUUUUCCCAUUGUUAAUACUGAUGAUGUUAAUGUUGACUUUUUAGCUUUGCGUGGAAUUGAGAAUCAGGAGUAAGGAACUUCUCUUUCUAAAAUAUUUUUACCUCUGUUAGAAAUCUUAUAAACAUUCAAUUCAUGCAUUAGCUGUGUAUUCAUAAAGAUGUGAAGCACUGGGGAAGUUUGGAGACUUCUUCCCUUGCUUCCCCAUUUGCAUCGAAAAAAUGUAAUAACUAUCUGAUCUGCCUAUAUUUUUUAUACAGUUAUCCAUGAUGGACUCUCUGACCUAAGUGGUAUGGAAACAGGAACAGAAGCAAGUACAGAUGUUGAAGAGCCUGAGGAGAGUACAGAUGGACCUGUUCCAGUUAGAACAAAACUAAUUACACCACAGGCGUUUGCAAGCACUGCAUUGCAAGGGUCAACCCACCCUGAAGCUGUAAACAGCAGCAAUGGAAGCAGUAUUACCAUGAUCUCUGGACUGAAUAACUCACAAGCAUCAGUUGAUGAGCUUCUGGGCUCAUCUGUGUCAUCAAGACUGUCUGACACUACUGUCAGGUCAAGCAACUCGGCAACACCUCAAGGAUCUUUGGCUCAUGAGAGUGGUAUUCUCACACCAACGACCUUGCCCUUGCCCCAGUCACCUGUAACACCAACAUCUAACCCUAGUGCAAUACCCAUUUUAAACUUUCAGUCUAGUCCACAAAUGGCAUCAGUUCAAAACACACAAAGUCCGGCAUCAAGUUUCGAGCCUUUGGUAGCUAUUUCAAAUACGGAGACUCAAGCCUCUCCAUUUGCACUGAGAGAUAAAGCAGAGAAUGUUUUAAGUGAUUCAAAGAGUCCAUAUGAACAGAACAGAUCACACAGUCCUGGUAGCAUGGAAAGAAACAUUGAAGUAUCUGUUGAUGAUGAUACUAGGGAUGGAGGUGAUGAGGAAUUACCAGAGUCUCAGAAACCUGAAGCAGAAACGCUAGAGGAGGAAAAUGAAAGAGAAAGAAAAUCAAGUUCUGGAUCUAGUACAAGUGAAAGUUUGAGACCUUUGUCUGCUCGUGCGGAAGGAAAUCUUAUUUGUUUGGAAGAUGAUAAGAGGGGUGAAGAAGAUGAUGUUCAGGUAGAUGGGGAGGAUGCAUUUACAGAGGAAGGACUGUUGGAGCAGUGGGAUAUGAAUGGCGAUGAUGGAGUGGUACCAACUGGACGAGAGAGUCCUGAAUCAGCACAUGCACUGCCGGUUGGUACACCAACAGGCUACAGUGAGAUUGGAAAACGACCUUCAGCAUUGUCAAGGUAAAUUAGUUCUUUGUGUAGAUUGAAGCUUGUUCUUUGGACAGGUAUCUAAACUAACCAGAGUAAAUAUAGUAUGUAAUAAGAUAAUUUUAGUUUUUUUUAACUGAGUUGGUAAUGUAAAUUGGCUAUUGUAAAGGGUUAGCUCUUGGUCAGAGCAAAUGAUGGAAUGUCUUAAGAUGCAGAAUGAUCAAAUAUCCUAAAACAUGGAGUGCCAUUUGUUAUGAGACUUAAGUCUCAAAAAAGGGAAUUGCAAUAAAAUAGCAAAAUUAAUAGGAGCAUAGGUAAUCAUUGUUGGAUCCCAGAGGAUAGGGAAAACAUGAGACUUUUGAGCUAGCUCCUGCAACAGUAUGCCACCCUGGUUCUUUCCAAUGCUAUAAAAAUUGUGUGAUAUUGGUAGCCACACACAGUCUUUGACUGUCCAUUUUCUUAACUGUUAAGAGAUAGUGGAUGAAAGAGAUGGUAACUAGGUGGUAAGGUGACCACACAGCAAGCUGUUUGAGAUUUUUUCUGGGUCUCUUACACAAAUGAAAAGUUUUAAUUUUCAGUUUUUUGUAUUCUUUUCUUUCAAUUUUAGUUUUGUUUCUACUCCUGUAAGUACAACAGAUCUUCCUCCCCAGCAGGUCCAGGUUACAAUGGUAAGAAAUCUCUGAACUCUUAAUUUAACUAACUUAUCAAUGAUUAGCAUUAUUUAUUAGUCCUAUAUUCAGGGUAAGGAUCUGAGAUGCACUGUUUGAUUAAUUUUGAGGUUCUGUUUUUGUGCAUCUUUGAAGCUUGAAAUUUAGUUUCAAUUGGUAAUGAUAAUGCUGAAAGCAAACAAGACAGUCAAGAAUGUUUGGAAACUUAAUUCAGUUUCAACCAUGUGCUCUACUGGUGUUGAAAUGUUUAGUGCUUAUUGAGGGACUGGGGACAAGUGCUCAUUAAAAGUUUUGCUUCUAAGUGUAUCUCCUCUGCUUCUCCCAUGGAGAAAGUCUGCAGAAUCCAGAGGUCUGACUGUCCAUUCCUCAUGGGGACUCUUUGUCCCACGCUUGUAACAAGGAAAAAUAUCUUUCUCUAUUUCUUUACCACAUUCAAAAUUAAUCUUCUUUCUUAUUCUAUUUACUACUGAUAAGUUGAGUAAUUUCAUUAAUUGAAAUUUUUUCUAAAAUGUUUAGGAUGGUGGUCUUUCUUCAUCUCUUGAAGAGCUUCUGAGUUUGCUCAAAGCUCAACAGCAAGAUAUCUACGACCUUCGUACGCAGCUGAAAACAUACCAGUCUGAUCAGCAGCAGAAAAUGAUUACAGUGGUCAAUGAAGUACAUCAGGUUGAGGAGCGAGUCUCCUCCAAAUUACAGAAUGCCCUGGCUGAAUUUUCACGUGAAGAAUGUAUCCUGUUUGAAAUUGUUUUAAAAGUAGUUUCAUGUUACUAGAACUUUAGAUUUCUGUUAGAUUGUUGCUCUGUGCUAAAUCUUCAGCAAAAUAAUGAGACAAGCAUUCAAUGGUCUGGGGGUCAAAAUGCUAUCAUGUGCAUAAGGAAAAUUUCAACCAGUGAUGUUUUUUGUCUACAAAACCAAAUUUAGCAUCAAGAAGCAUGGUUAUUGUUUUGCAAAAUUGGCUCUUUGUUCUGAGGUGUUGAGGGGUUAAAUGGCAAAUUUAAAAAAAUGUAGAGUUAUGUUACUUUAAUCAUAAAACAUUACUCAGGUGCAAAAAUGAGGAACCCUUAUGAAAAUGCCGUGUGGCUGAUAUAAUUACCAAGUUUAAAGUUUCUUUGACAAGCUGUUCAGCUCAGCGUUUAGACAAAGCUCUGCGUGACAAACAUUCAGGAGACAAAAAAAGACAUGAACAACUACAGAGUACUUUGUCCCAAACAAUCACCACUACCUUGUCAGGAAAAUUAGAUAAAUCUGUCAAAGCUGAAAUUAAGAGUGCUGUAGUACCAUCAGUUCAGAAAGUAUUAAGUGUUGUGCAAGAACAACUCAACACUACAUUAGGGCAGGUAUGUGGGAAAUAAUUUAUUUUUAGUUAAUUAGUGUGUCAUUUGAUGCAAGAUUUGAAAUGCUACCUUUGCCCACGAUUCCACACAAUGCUGCAACCCUAAAGGAGUGGCUGUUAGAAAAAAGCUAGAGAUAUCUAUCACCCAUACUUUCUCUUUACAUGCGUAAAGUUUUCAAUAUAUGGCACAUGUCAGUUGAAGAAGAUUUGUUAUACAGAUUCUUCUGACAGGCUUUCUUUCCCUUUCUUUAGAAACUAACUGCGGCAGAUACUGUAUUGAAGGAUAGUGUUGCAAAAAUUGUGAAAAGUAAGGUAAGGUUUGGUUUAUUUGUUUUUGACGCUGGUCUGGUUGGUACCAAAUGACUGGGAUGUGGUAAAAUACAUGUAGCUGUAAUUUUUGAUUUGAUUCUAGCUAGGAAUAGUUCUCAAAGGCAGGCAUGAACUUGAUUCUGUAAAGUAGUAAAGAGCAUUGGAUCUUUGCAAAUGAUGUAAGAAUUCUGGAAAAGUAAGCUCUACAUGUCCCUAACAAACACAAUUUUACUAUAACAACAGGUUUUUUUUAUCCUCAAACAGGGUGUUGUUGAUGCUAUUGGUACAGCGGCAGCAAGUGCACUUCAGGGACCCAUUCAAAUAACUUACCGUGAGGCAUUUCAGAGCACCAUUUUGCCAUCCUUUGAGAGGGCAUGCCAGAACAUGUUCCAACAGAUAAAUGAAUCAUUUCAUAAAGGAACUCAACAAUGUAUGUUGUUAACUGUAGUAUGUACCAACAAUCCUGGUCAAAAGUUAUUGGACAGCCUCAUUAAUUUUCCAAACACUAUUUAACUGUUAGAUAAUUUGCUCUCAGUCUCUAUUGCAUGAUAGUUUGCUGAUAAGUAAUUUGUUAAGAAUGUGUUAAUCUUCCAAACCAUAGCAACAAGACAGGCUCAUUUUUUUCUUUUAUUCUGUUCACAGAGGCACAAUGCUAGGCCACUCUUUAUCUACCAAAGAAGAGAUAUUGAGUAGUGUAGCCAGCCAGAUAGAAUGCUAGUAGUUGCAUACUAACAUGAAAUGUGUACUAUUUUUAUAAAUUAUUCUCAUUAAAGCAUUCCAUCCUUUUUCCCCUUACUCAAACAAUAUUGAAAACUACUGCAGCUUUUCUGAAUGUUUCUAGCAUUGUUCUCAAAUUGCAAAGGAGAAUGGGAUACCGUUGGCUGUAAGGUUUAAAAAUGUGGCAUUUCGACCAUUUUGUGCUGAGUGUCCUUAGGAAAUUUGUGAAAGAUUGAGAUUUUUUAUUCAUUAGACUGUCCCCACUAGUUUGCUUAGGCCUGUCUGAAAGAGUGUGGAUAAACAGUAGGCUUCUGGAACUGAAAUUUAAUGGAUGGCAUUGUUUACUUUGACCACAAUUUUUGGGCUGUCUUUAUAGUUUAGAGCUCAAAUCCUCAUGGACAAUUGUACUAAAUACAUUUAUUAGACCACACUGUUGCUAAAUGCCAAAUUUGUGCACUCUUUGAUUCAUUGGUUUCACUUUAUUUUGACAUAAACUCUAUUUUGAAGACCUGCAACAAGUUACAACAGCUCUGGAUAACCGUAAAAGAGAGGAGAAAGAUUUUUUCCAACCUGUAAUGAGACAGUUGGAAUCACAAAAGCAAUCAUUCCAAGCAACAACAGAGAGGCUUUCAUCAAACCUUAUGGCUGACUUUGAAGUUAUGAUACAGAAACAACUGUCAUCAUCAAUAGAAGGGUAAGUAAAGAGUAGUGACAAAGAACACGAACAUGUGUGUGAAAAGUGCCAGAUGAUCGUUUUUUGGUCUCAAGAGGUUGACUUUAGUAUCUGAGAACCACCACCAUUUUCUGUCCUGCUACACGGUAGACCUGGAGCAAAAUAUCUGUUUUGUUUUACAGGUUAUAUACCAAAAUUAGGGACAGCAAUACAAUAAAAACAAAUAAGAAGCAUAACUGACACAAUAAAUCCCAAUGUUUUAAAAUCCAGCUGGUCAAAGGCUAGGUGCAAAAUUGGGAAAUCUCAACAUGCUUGUUGACUGGUGAUGUUUAUGGGACUAUGGUUGUGAUGAAAUGUAAAUUUUAAACAGGUGGUCUUUUAACUCUUUGGUAUGUGUGUGGGUUGUAAUCUGAUUUAGAGUACAAACUGGAAGAAUUGUAAGUUGAUAUAGAAAAAAGUGAAAACAAAAUCUGGGUAAACAAGUGUCACUCAGGAAAGAAAAAUUGUCAGCAAAAUGUUGUGUAAGAUAAAGCUGAUAUUUUUUAAUACUUUAGAAAGCCUAAGUUUCCUUAAAUAAAGAUUUUUUUAUGUUGUAGAUAUUAUUCUACUUUGUUUUUUGGGUAUGGUUUGUUAAUGAUUUUGAAACAAAGAAGAAUAAAUUUUUACCUCAGCAUAUCCAAUGAAUGUAAUAUAACUGUCCUUGUUUUGGAUUCUUCAUAGUUUGCGUGAAGAGAUAUUUUCACGUCUGUUGUCUGAAGUUCUGGCUUCAGUCCAGGACUCAGUGCAAAAGGAAAUGGGCUUAGGAUUGGAAGGCCUACGUCAACAAUUGAGUGAAAUGAUUACAUCUUCAGCACAAAAUACCUCACAACUUUCUCCUAGUACUGCACAAACUCAGGUUGGUUGUAAAUAUGAAUUCUCAAGGGUAACAAUUACAGUUACCCAUUUUCCUGUUGGUCUCCAAAAUGUAAAAUAACACCUUUUGUAAUAAAUGAUCCUAGGCAAGUUUCUUUCUACCGAUACUCAUUCAAAUGCUAACAUUUAUUUAUUGAUUGAUUUUGACUGACAUUUAACCAAGGUUAUAUGCCUCUGUUUUCAUUGAGUUAUGGGAAAAGUUGGGAAGAUGAAAUCUGUUUGCAUUAGGAUAACCUUAAUACCAUAUACACUUUUCUUAGUCUAUGGUAAUUUGUGAUGAGGUGUUGUGGAGAAUGUUCAGAAAUCACUCUUGUUUUUGUGUGUGACAUUAAUAGCUCAUGAAGAGAGUAUGAACAGAACUGUGUAAAGAGACAUAUUAACUCUUCUCUGUAGGCUGCAGUUUCCAGGCUGUUGGAAUCUGGAAAAGUUGGAGAGGCCUUCCAAGAGGUUCUGUGAUAUUCAAGAUAGAGCUAUUUCAUUAUUACUGUAUAUAAAUGCACUGAUAGGCUCUCAUCCUCUUAAAAAACACCAUUUUUUCCUCCUCUACUUGUAUGUAGACAAAAAUGCUAAGAAAGAGACUUGGGGUUAGGGUUAGGAUUAUAAGAAUAACAAUGAUUCAAAGCAAGUUAUCACAUGACGCUUAUGUCCCAGUGUAUGGGAAUCAGGGCUGUAAGUGACAGUGUGAUCAGGGCCUUGGAAAGCCACAGUGCCCUUCAUACACCCCCUGGAGAUGCAGAAUGCUCGACAAAAGGAAGAAAGUCAAGGAGCUGGAGUGGAACAUGAUAAAAUCUUAUUACUGAGUUAGUUUAGGUCCAAGGGAAAAAUGUUGGGCUCUUGGAGCCAAAUAAUUUCCAUCUCUUCCACUCAUUCAGUAAAUUCACUGUACUAUUCUUCUCUAUGGCCUGGCAACUUUUUAUCACAAAUGUCCUUGUAUGAGAGUAUUGAAAAAUUGUAUUUGUUUCCAGUUUAGAUUUCAGCCCCACCCACUUGAGGGCCUUAUAAUAGCAUUUACGGUACCUCUUUUGAAUUUCAGUGUUUCAUAAUACUUACAUGCAUGUUGCAACAUUACCUCUCAGGCCCUGACAGCAGGAGAUCUAAACAUUGUGAUGUAUGUUUGUGAAAAUGUGGAUCCCGAGAAAGUCUUUUCCCAGUCCCCUUGUCCUUUGUCACAACCAGUCUUGCUGUCUUUAAUACAGCAACUAUCUGUGGAUCUUGCAAUGUAUACGGAUCUUAAGCACAAGUAAGUACUAGCAACAUACUGUGUAGUUAGGCUAAAUGCAGGGGUGGUAUAAUGGAACAUGGUCUGUGUACUCCAUAAGUGCCAUGCACUGGGUAAGUAACUUGUGGAUGUGUUCUUUGACCAUGACAAUGAUUGAUGCUGAAAGGGUGUUCUCAUGAUUUAAACAGGAAUGAGGUCACUCAUAGUUAAUCUAGGGUACUUUGGUAACCAGAAAAAUAGGAUAAUUCAAUUUUUCUAUUUCAAGUGUACUUUGUUCCAUUCAAAUUUAUCACUGUUUUUGAUUUCAUGUUUAUCUCUAAAUCUCUUCCUUCUAAAUUUACAGAUACAUCGAAGAAGCUCUUAUGGCCCUGGAUUCACGAGAUGCCAUUACAAGAGAACAUAUGCCUGGUGUGUUAGAGGGACUAUGCCAGCAGCUCCAAACAACCAUCAAUGAAGCAUCAGGGCCCAUGCAGCGCUCCCUUAAGAUGUUGCUGAUGGCUGCAAGAUCACUUCUAAGAUAGCCAAGCAGAGUAUGUUACCACUCAUGAUGCCCAAAAGGAACAUUGAAGGAAAAAUGGUUUCCUUAAUUUUGGAGACAGGAAAUGUGUGGCAUAGAGUUUGCAGCAGAAACGAGGGAUGGCCAAGUCGCACAAGAGGGUGAAUACCUUCUGUUCCCAAAACUGAUAAUUUUAAGUUUCUUACUAAAAUUCAGAUACUAGACCCAGAGCUAGACAGCAGUCGUUUUGUGGUGGUGCAAAAUGUUAAGCACUGUUUAGAGCUGUUCAUCAAUGCUAGCUAGUAGAUGAAUCUGCAGUUUACUGCUUCACAACCAGUAGUGUGAAUUCUAUCUAUUACAGCAGAUCAAUUUGCUGUUUGUACGUCUGAAAACCAUUCUGUUGUUUUAAGGCUACCCUCUGUUUUGUCACGUACAAAACUUGCUUUAUUAAUAAAUCAGCUUUACGAGUUCUAGUGGCAGUUUUAAUUUGUGCAUUAAUACUGAAUCUUAUUAAUGAGAGUGUUUAAAAUGCUAUUGGACACCCACUCUCUAGUAUCACACUUGCACUAUGUCUGCUAACUGGUGGGUGAAGGAAGUUGUGGAAGGGAUACUAUUAUGCUGACUGGGGAGAGAAGACAUUGGUGGGAGGGAUAAAAAAAUGGGGAAAGUUGUUCUUUGUUCGACAAAAAAACACAAAUGUGGGAGAUCUGAGAGAAAGGAUAGGAGUUGCUUUGCUGAAGUACAUUUGAAACUGUACCUUCUUCAGUGCUCUCCUCAGUUUCUAAAUACUGCAUACCUUGAUGAACCCACAGCUGACACACAUGUAAUUGUUUUGUAGCAUUUUCAGCUUGUUAGGUUUAAAUGUUUAUUGAGAGGUUCCCUCUUCUAUGCUUUAUUCUAUGGAUUGCUCAUACAUAAUCAAUGUGCACAAUGAGAACAUGAAGCACACAGGUG